UGUCCAGCUACAUGCUAGAAGAAGAUAUUCCUGCAGAAGAUUAUAACUCUACACCACUCUCUGCUGAUGAAAAUAACACACUCAACAAUUUUUGUGUUCCUGAAGAACCAAAUGAGGCUCCAAAUCCUGAUGAAAUAGUUGAUGAAACCCCUGCAGAACUGCCCACUUGCUCAUUUUCAAGUGAGCCGCCAAAAGAUAUGCAGGAGCCACCUGCUCCUGUAGAGGAGCCUGUUAGGGAGCCACCAAAGCACACAUAUGCAUCCAUUUUGCGAACUUCAAGGCCUCAUGCUGCACCACAUUUAUCUUCAAUAAACAAGACAGGUGCAGUUUUGUCAGAGCGUCAUCAUGCAUCACCGUCGACUCAGCUGCAGGCUCAACCCAUUGUCUCUAAUGCUUCAGAAAAGUCCAGCUCUGAGGUGUUGGAUGAAGUUUCUACCUUUGAAGACGAAGGUGAUUCAAAAUCUGUUUAUGUGGGAAACAUUCCACCAAAUAUUUCAUCAUCUGACCUUGAGCAAGAGUUCAGAAAGUUUGGUAGAAUUACGCUUGAUGGUGUUACUAUCAGGAGCCGUAAGGAUGGUGGAUUUUACUAUGCAUUUGUAGAAUUCGAAGACGCUGUUGGUGUUCAAAAUGCGCUGAAGGCUUCUCCAGUGCAGUUGAAUGGGAGGCUGGUCCACGUAGAGGGCAGGAGGCCAAACAGUGGUGCGUCACGAGGAGGAAGGAGGGGCAGAGGAAGGGGAGGCUACAACUUGGAGGCCUCGAGAGGCCGUUUCGGCAGCAGGUCUUUUCGACAAUGACAUGCUGAAAGGCAGUCAUCUCCGGCGAGCUUCAUGUCAUGAAAAGGGAAUGCAAGGAAGCUAGUUUUAUCAUUGGAAUGGAAGGACUCUCUAACUUGAGAUAUUUCAAUAAUCAUAUGAUAUUCUUCCACUACGAAUAGGCUCAUUGCCUGUUGGUAGAGCUACAAUAUGUUUUCUAGGGGGGUUUUUGUAACACCUUUUUUUUUUUUUUGGCUUCAGUAUUGUUUGUAUGCAUCCUCAUCAAAAUAUUAUUGAUCUCAUUCUAAUGAUUUAUGGGUUAGCAAUUGCUGUAUUGAUGUGUUCUUCCUUCUUGAUCUAACACCACUUUGGGAAGUUUAUAAUGUGCCAUUGACUUUUAUAAAUAGAAUAUUUGUCUUUUACUGUAGGUUUGUCAAAGAUGGAUUUAAUUUUUGUUUAGUUUUGUGGAAAAUUAAA